AAGUAACCACACACAUGCUUUCACAGGAUACCAACAUUGUUUCAGGCUUUCUUAUCUCUCCUCUCCCAAAUAUCCUGUUUCUUCGAGCUGCGUCGGCCAGAACCAAUAGAAAGCUCUUCCUGCUAUUGGUUGACUUCACUUCCAGCAUUAGCACAAUCUCAUCCGCUCCAAACACUGCUCAGUGGAACCUCAACUUAACACAGUCAUCGCCUGAAAAAAAACCUCACACAUACACAUUGCAACUGAAAUUUCUUUUUUUUAAAUACAGGACUAUAUAGUCCUGUGCUACAAUGGCGAGCACUAUCAAGGAGGCGCUGUCCGUGGUGAGUGAGGACCAAUCUCUGUUUGAGUGUGUCUACAGCGUGGCCCAGCAGGCCAAGCCAGACAUGACAGCAUCAGCAGUGAGUGAGUAUGGCCAGAGUAAGCUGAGUCCACGAGCCACGCAGCAGGACUGGCUCACCCCUCCGUCUGGUCGUGUCACCAUCAAGAUGGAAUGCAGCAAUGGAGGAGGAGCAGGAACCACAGGAGGAGGAGGAAGAGUGGGUCAGGUGAAUGGCUCUAGGAGUUCUCCAGAUGACUGCAGUGUAGGAAAAGGGAAAAUUGCAAGUGGAGGUGAUGGUGCUCCUAUGACCUACAGCAGCUACAUGGAGGACAAACAUGCCGCCCCUCCCAAUAUGACGACCAACGAGCGCAGAGUUAUUGUACCUGCAGACCCCACACUAUGGACACCAGAUCACGUGCGUCAGUGGUUGGAGUGGGCUGUAAGGGAGUAUGGCUUGCUGGAGGUGGAUGUCUCGCUCUUCCACAACAUUGAUGGCAAAGAACUCUGCAAGAUGAGCAAAGAGGACUUCCAGAGGCUCACACCCAGCUACAAUGCUGACAUCCUACUGUCUCAUCUCCACUACCUACGGGAGACUCCACUUCCCCAUUUGACUUCAGACGAUGUUGACAAAGCCUUGCAAAACUCGCCACGGUUAAUGCAUGCACGUAACACAGGAGGUGCAAGCUUCAUCUUCCCCAAUGCUCCUGUCUACCCACCUGACACCACCAGAGCCUCUGCAAGACCAGAUUUGGCUUAUGAAGCUGCCAGACGAUCUGCAUGGCCACCCCAAUCAGCAUCAACCAAUAAAGUUUCACAGUCUUCACCAGCCAUUGUGACCAAAACAGAGGAUCAGAGGCCACAGCUUGACCCUUAUCAGGUUUUGGGACCAACAAGCAGCAGGCUGGCAAACCCAGGUUCGGGUCAAAUCCAGCUGUGGCAGUUCCUGCUGGAGCUGCUCUCGGACAGUGCGAACUCGAGCUGCAUCACAUGGGAAGGCACAAAUGGAGAGUUCAAGAUGACCGAUCCAGAUGAGGUGGCCCGGCGCUGGGGAGAGCGUAAGAGCAAGCCCAACAUGAACUAUGACAAGCUGAGCCGUGCUCUGCGCUACUACUAUGACAAAAACAUCAUGACCAAAGUGCAUGGCAAGCGAUAUGCCUACAAGUUUGACUUCCACGGCAUUGCCCAAGCCUUACAGCCUCAUCCUCCUGAGUCAGCCAUGUACAAAUAUCCUUCUGAUCUGCCCUAUGUGGGCUCCUACCACCCUCAUACACAGAAAAUGAACUUUGUGCCAACUCACCCUCAGGCGCUGCCUGUCACCUCCUCUGGGUUCUUCGGUCCACCCAACCCUUACUGGAACUCACCUGGAGCCGGUAUCUACCCCAGUCCACGCCAUCCAGCCACCCACAUGCCCCCUCACCUGGGCACCUAUUACUAGGUGUCUCAGUGUGGGCAGGAAAAUAACAGCAUCUCUUCUGAGUUGAACUGUAGCACCCCCAAGAGGCUGAAAAUUGCAGCUUCACGCUGAGCCAGGAAACUGUAUAUGGUGGUGGAAAUAUCCAAAGAAGAGGAGGAAGUAGGAGAUGGAGGAAGCACACAAUAACAAACACCAAAAAAAAAAUGUUGUAACCAAUCACUUUUAAGAGGUUCUCAAUUACAUUUAGACCAGCGAGUCUAAAUUACAUCAAUGUAACUGAGGAAUGCAAAAUAACAAUGCAGACAAAAGUUCCUGCACAAUUUGACUACAAUGCAAGAAACAUUUCAUGGUCAAGAAACUUGUACAUGCUUGUCUAGAAGGCUAAACAACACUUAUGGGCACAAGAUGGCCUCUGGACACAAUGCCAACAUGUUCAAGACUAUAAGGUCAACAGCAGGUCUUUAAGAGAAUGUGAAAGAGACAGUCUAGAAAGAUGCAUUCAUGUAAUAAGGGCUUUAUUUUACCAAAGACAAAAAAAAUGUAGGUGCAUGAACAGUUAUGUAUUAUUCUAUAUGUUUUAAGUAUUAAAUUACCUUCAUUUGAACAAACAUAUCAAAGAGAGUUAGUAAGAUGUAAAUGAAUUAAACGUGGCUAAAGUGUGAAAGUAAGAGAAGAGCUCUCUUGAGAGAGAGAGAGCGAGAGAGAGAGAAAGAGAGAAAGAAAGGUUGAGUAUUAGUCAGGGAAUGAGAUGGAGGGAAGACAAUGAAAGUAUCAAGUAUUACUGCUUUGGAUAUAAGCUGCCAUAUUUAUCAGUAUUAUGCUACAUAGUAGUUCAUAUGGCAUUAUAGAAGGGAUAUUUAAGAAAGGAUAUUUACUUGAGUGUUAAUUUUAUAAAGCGAAGAACCUUGAAAAUGACUGUUAAAAAAGAAAAAAAACUGGAAAUGGAAAGAUUCUUUAAAAUGUUAUUAAUGACCUCGGAAAUUUUUAGACAGAGGUGGAUUUUUUAAAAUCAGCGCCUUAUUGAAGAAGUUCUUUACACAUUGUUGGAGGCUUUUACCACAGUACCAGUUUAUGUGUUGUUUUUGUUAUUUUCUGAGUCGCGAACGCUGUGCGUUUGUCAGAUUGAAGUAUACAAUUCAGUGUUAUAUUUCAUUUUAUAUGAUAGAUAUAUAACUUAUGCAUUUAAACACUACGAGUUGAUCUCAGCCAGCUAAGUACAGACGUUUAUAUGAUAUUUUUAGGGGAAAAGAAAAUUAUGGACCAAAGUUAGCAAAAGUAAGUGAACAGCUGUGGCCUUUGAACUUUAAGCUCUAUAUAUGAUUGUUUACAAAUGUAAGCCAUAUGUGCUAAUGGAAAAUGAAUUGUUUGUUAAAGCGGUCUGGUAUAGCAUUCAGACCUGUCUCAGUGUUAGCAGCAUUUACAGACUUAUGAGUAAAAUUUCUGUAAAUCUCUAACAGCUGAACAACUGGACUAAUGUUCUGAGAUUUCUGACAAAUGGAAGAAAGCAUACUUUCAUAAAUUAUAUGAUUUUCUACUGAGUAAGUUGAAUAAACUAUUUUGAAACCAAAA